CGCGCCAAUUAAUAAAACAUUGCUGAUGGCUGAUCACCCGAGCCCUUUCGGCUGUAUAAGUGGUGAAAGGCGACAUAAUCGUCUUUGCACAAGAUCUAGAUUGAGAUUGAGAGACUCCGACAGAGACUGGCAGAGAGCUAGUACAGGCAGCAUGUUAAAACCGCAGCAAAGCGAGCUCCUCUUGCACGAGUCUCGGUUGUAUGGGAAGCCGUGGUUCUGGCAGCGGAAUUCCAGCACCAUGGAGAGCAGCCGGAGCCUCGCACAGGUGAUCAUGGAGAUGCGCAACGAAAUCAAGAAGCUCGAGACCGAGAACAGUGUGCUAAGGGGGGAAAUCGGUCAGCCGACGAUUGGGACUGACCAAGGGGAACCGAAUCCGUAUUCACCGGCAGGACAGCCCAGGACCGGGGCUGACGACAACCCAUCCCACAUGAACCUGAGACGAAAUGCGUCCGCGCCCGCACUCGAGCGGCAAUACAAGGAGAACAUUGUAAUGACUGUCCGGAGAUACUCAAUCGCCUCCAACAUGCCAAGUGUGAUCAGGAAGAGUGAGAGCGAAGAUAGGGUGUCGAAGAAUAGAGAUGUUGCGAAAGGAAGUAACUCAAGUUGGGGUCGACUUCACGAGGAAGUCCACGGAAGGGCCCCAUCCGUCUUCGGGAAUUCCACACGAGACGAGUUCAGCACCACUGCAAAGAAGUUAACCAACAGGUUAUUUCUCCAAGAAUAUGUGCACAAAAACAGGACCAAAGUAAAGACGGUCACAUUUCUUCUGCCCGUGGAUAACAUCUACACCAACCGACCAGUUCUGGCCAACCAUCUGACAGAUCUGGAUGCGAUUGCGGAGACGGAUUCGUAAAGUGAAGAUGGAUGGCGACAGGUGGCGGGACAAUAUUUAAUCUAUAGCCCAUAAAUAUGUGAAGAGCAGGGAGUUAGGUCUACAUAAAUGGGCCUGUCACACAAACAGUAUCUAGGGCAGAGUGUCAGCUACAUGGUUUUUUAGGUCAGCCAGAAGAUUGAUUUUAUCGCACCUGACCUGAACUCCACACACGGAGACUCCGGUUACAGGUGUUGUUUCCAUACGGCCGAGGUGAUCAAACGCCCGGUCGUCAGUGAUGAGCCGCCAGCCCUCCCUCUGUUGCAACACCAUCACAACACUCCCUCCACGGAUCAGAUGUCCGGGCCUGCAGCCCAUCGUGUCAAUCGGAACCUUGAGAACGCUGCAGGUGACGAUCGUUUUAGUGACAGUAUAGUCUCUUUUUUUCCAGAGCACUGGGCAUGCAGCCUCUUGGUGAAUUUCAGGGUCAUCACUUGUCUUUCUUAACUAUGUAAUGUAGGGUGGCUUUGAGAAAAAAAAAUUGGAAUAUCAAUAUUUUGCAUUGGGUCAAGACAGAGAGAACACUAAUUCAUUAGAACCAGGGUGUUCCUUAUUACAGAUUUUAUUUUAUUCUCUCAAAAUUAAUAUGGUCCCUUCUUUACCUUGGUAGUCAUGUACAGUAAAUGAAGUAAAUUAAUUCCCAGCGCAAGUUAUUUUAUCUGCUUUGGUUCUGCUGAAAGGAAAAGUAGGCCUAUAUCAUACAGUAUAUAAUUUGUAAAUAGUCAUUAAGUACUUCAUUAUUUUGUCUAACUUUAAAUAUGUUGUCUUUAUUAAAUAUUACAGUCUUAUU